AUGAGGUCUCCUUUUGUUGACGGUGCCAAGUGGGUCUCUACCAUUUUGUUCGCACUGGCUACAGGCAUCCUGGCGCAGAACUCGUCAACGCAAACUUCUCCCUCACAAACUCCGACGCUGGUUCGCCUGUGCACAUCUAGCGACAUCGCCGACAUGAACGUGCUUAACUGCGCAUUGUGGAUGAUCAACUCUGGACACGACCUUAUGACCACCACCUAUCUGGUACCGGGAAUUUUGCAAUUGCACCAAAUUCCCGACUAUUGGGUCGGAUUCAAUUUCGCACAAGACACUGUCCGAAAGAUUCCAAAAAAUGUUGGAACUCUGGCUCUCAACUCAGUAGCCAGUCGCACGGCAGAACAGAUCCACAUCCAUCUUUGCAGCAAUGGGAACCAAAAGGUUCGCAACGUGCUUGAUAGUCUGAUUCCCGCCAAUCACGUAACAUUGGCGUCGGUCGAUUUGUCACAAGCUAUGCCAGGCUCUGCUAUGCAGUGUCGGAUCGCAUCACAGAAGGAUACUAAUAUCAAUCAAGGAGGGGAUAUUCUGAAGUACCUUCAGAGCCUUGAUCAAGCCCAAGGAUCCAACAAUUGUGCCCAAUAUCAUGUCGGGUCUGGGUAUAUGGUUGAUAAGAUCGGGUUUGCUCGGUCUUGUGUUACAACCGCUGGAUCGGCGGAAGAGAUUUUCUGUUAA